AUGUCUUUCAGAUACAUCACCUCCCUCGCCAUCAUGGCCACCGCCGUCCUGGCCAAGACCGACCUCGCCGGCUGCGUCUCCUCAGACUCCGUCUACACGCCCACCCAGGGCGGCACACCCUACGCAACCCGCGUCUGGUACGUCCCCGGCACCGGCGAGAUCUGCGCCGCCCUCGACUGCGGCGGCGGCCGCGCCCCUCCCAAGACCACCGUCCCCGGCUGCCCUUCCUACGAGGGCACCGAGACCUACUCGCCCUCCUUCCUGCCCCUGCAGACCAGCGCCGCGGUCGAGGCCUCGACGACCAUGGCCGCCGUCACCACUGCCGCUCCGGAGACUACCGUCAGUGUGACUGACAGCGCUUCUGUCGCCACCGUCACCGCAUCAACGGACUCCGUUGCCGCUGAGAGCGAGACUUCUGCCUCUGCCUCUGCUGUUGUCAUUACCUCGAGCGGUUUCAGCAAUGCGACCAUGACAACCAUGACGACCUCUGCUGCGUCGGGAUCUGGAAACCAGUCUGCCCGUAGCACGCGGGCUGUUGGUUCUGCUGCGACAUCAGCUGCUACCAGCAGCCCCAAUGCUGCCGUUCCUACCGGCGCGUCUCGCGAGCUGUUCGGUCUCGUGGCUGGUGUUGCUAUCGGCGCUGCCUUGUUGUAG